GUCCUUACCAGUUUACUAAAAAAUUAGCAACAUUAGGAUCUCUAAACCCUUGACUGUUCCAUGUUCAUCUAAGUAUCACCACCUUAUUAUCAUUCAGGUCAGGUCUCCCACGCACUUCUACAACUAAUGCAUCUGCCUCAGUACUAGGCAGUUUGUCUCCCGAUCCUUUGAAAUAUUUUGCUUCAUUGGCUAUAAAUUGCCAAGUAAUACAGGCUCGUCAACACCAAUACCGUCAACAAUAACACCAUCUCUCCAAUUCUUCCCACCUUCUUCUCCCCUUUCCCACAUCAAUGCCGCAACAGCAUCUUCAAGCUUGGUCUUGGGAGCUGCCCAUGCAGCAACACCAGUAUCAUCAACUCUGCCAUGAUGAGCAGCGAGAAGUCAGAGAACACAUGUUUGAAAAGCCUCUGACUCCAAGUGAUGUGGGCAAGCUCAACAGGCUCGUCAUACCAAAACAACACGCUGAGAAAUACUUCCCCUUGAAUGGCAACUCUGGCGAGAAAGGCCUUCUGCUGAGCUUCGACGAUGAGUCGGGCAAGACCUGGCAGUUCCGUUAUUCUUACUGGACCAGCAGCCAGAGUUACGUGCUCACCAAAGGAUGGAGCCGGUUUGUUAAAGAGAAGAAAUUGGAUGCAGGAGAUGUCGUCCUGUUUGAGCGUCCAAGGUACGGAGGAGAACGCCUCUACAUUGGAUGCAGGCAUCGAGGUGAGCAUGAGAGCACCCUACCGGCGCAGGUGGCUGCAGCUGUGCCCAUGUCCGCUGCUGCAGGGAAGUGGACUGCUGCAGCUUAUUAUUCUGCUGCUUGCUCGAGCAGCUCCAGCUUCAGAACCGUGCAACAAGGCUCUUCUCUUCAUGCAGGAGAUCAAGAGGCUGUAGUAGUACAGACUGAGACAGUGGCACCAGCUAACACUAAGAGGUUGAGGCUCUUUGGUGUAAAUUUGGACCUCUGGCCAGAGCCUGAGCCACAGCCUGUGGCCUCAACUUCAUGGUUCUUACGCUAGAUUCAUACUGAAAAAAAUGGCAACAGCUCUUAGCUCUUAGAAAUAGUUAUCUGGAGCUGGUUAUAUGAUCAGGAAGAAAGGGAAUGAACGGAAGUCGGGAGUGGAAGAGAGGGGGAAAAAUCUGAGGUCAUGUUCACAAUUCCAACCGAUCAAUCUACCCCCUCUUCAAAGAUGACAACUUGAUUGACAGAGAUAUGGAGGGCCUGGCAACCACUGCACGAGGACAGAAGCCGAGAGCAACUAGAGUAAGAAAAAGGAAGGGGGAGGAGAUCCCUGGUUUUCCGGGCAAUCUCCCCAUCCAUUUAUUUUAGUUUUCUGUUUUUUUUAUUCAGAAUUUCUACUGUACACUACCUGUCGGAUCUGAUGGAUGGGAUAUUGGAUGAAGUCUCAUGAUAAAUCAGAUUCAAAAGUAGUAGAAGAAAUGAGGGUGGGUCCUCUUCGACCUGUGGCACUGAUUCUCUCGUCUCGUGGAAUUUGUAGUUUUGAGGAAAGAUCUAAAGAAUCUGAUGGGUCUUUCACUUUUGCCCUUCA